CCCCGCCCCUCUCCGUAGCCUUAGGGAAUCAGGUCCCGGAGGAAGAGGGUAGGUGGGGAGGCGGAUGAGGGGUGGGGGACCCCUUGACGUCACUGGAAGGAGGUGCCGGGGUAGGAAGUGGGCUGUGGAAAGGUUAUAAAUGGCCCCCGCCCUCAGCUGCUCCUCGACGAGGUCCGCUGGAGUCUCGGAGCGCGCCCGCCGGACACUCCUCGCGGCUCUUUCCCGGUGGCGGCGGCGGCGGCGGCGGCUCGGAGCAGUCUUCCGGACUGAAGCGUAGCGGCCAAGGACGCGGAGCUGCGAGGAUUACCCGGCAAGUGGCUGUCUUCCUGGCUGGAGCCGCGGAGAGGGGCGCUCGGGGCGCGGAGCCAGAGCGCAGAGCCGGCGGCAGCGGAGAGCAAGAAGACAGGAUCCGGCGGCUGGAUAGGUCUCCCGCCGGGAGCGCGGGCACCGGGCGAACAGGCCGCGUCGCGCUCACCAUGGUCAGCUGCUGGGACACCGGGGUCCUGCUGUGCGCGCUGCUCGGCGGUCUGCUUCUCACAGGAUCUAGUUCAGGUUCUAAGUUAAAAAGUCCUGAACUGAGUUUAAAAGGCACCCAGCACGUCAUGCAAGCAGGCCAGACGCUGUAUCUCAAAUGCAGCGGGGCAGCAGCCCACUCAUGGUCUUUGCCUGAAACGGUGAGUAAGGAAAGCAAAAAGCUGAGCAUAACUAAAUCUGCCUGUGGAAAGAACGGCAAGCAGUUCUGCAGUACUCUGAUCUUGACCACGGCCCAGGCAAACCACACUGGCUUCUAUAGCUGCAAAUAUGUCUCUAUGCCUGCUUCGAAGAAGAGGAAAACUGAAUCUACAGUUUAUAUAUUUAUUAAUGAUACAGAUAGACCCUUCUUAGAGAUGCACAGUGACAUACCUGAAAUUAUAUACAUGACUGAAGGAAGGGAGAUCGUCAUUCCCUGCCGGGUGACGUCACCUAACAUCACUGUUACUUUAAAAAAGUUUCCAGUGGAUGUUCUGAUCCCUGAUGGAAAAAGAAUAACCUGGGACAGUAGGAAGGGCUUUAUAAUCUCAAAUGCAACAUACAAAGAAAUAGGGCUUCUGACCUGUGAAACAACCAUCAACGGACAUUUGUACAAGACAAGCUAUCUCACACUUCGACAAACCUAUAAAAUCACAGACGUCCAAAUGGGCACACCGAGCCGGGUCAAGUUACUGAGGGGUCACACUCUUAUCCUCAAUUGUACCGCCACCACCGCCUUGAAUACGAGAGUUCAGAUGACCUGGAGUUACCCUGGUGAAACAAAUGCCAGAGCCUCGAUAAGGCAACGCAUUGACCAGCGCAGUUCCCAUAACGUGUUCUACAGCGUUCUCACCAUUGACAAGGUGCAGAGGACAGACAGAGGGCCUUACACCUGCCAUGUGAAGAGCGGCCCAGCCUCCAAAUCGGUGAACACCUCAGUGCACGUGUAUGAUCAAGCAUUCAUCACUGUGAGGCAUCGAAAACAGCAGGUGCAUGAAACUGUAGCUGGCAAAAGGUCUUACCGGCUAUCUAUGAAAGUGAACGCAUUUCCCCGGCCGGAAGUGGCAUGGCUAAAAGAUGGGUUACCUGCGACGGAGCAAUCUGCUCGCUACUUGGUUCGUGGCUAUUCGUUAAUUAUUAAGGAUGUAGCUGCAGAAGACGCCGGGGAUUACACAAUCUUGCUGGGCAUAAAGCAGUCAAAUGUGGUUAAGAACCUCACGACCACUCUAAUCGUAAAUGUGAAACCCCAGAUUUAUGAAAAGGCUGUGUCAUCAUUUCCAGACCCGACUCUCUACCCACUGGGCAGCAGACAGAUCCUGACUUGUACCAUCUACGGAGUCCCUCAGCCUACAGUCAAGUGGUUCUGGCAUCCCUGUAACCACAAUCAUUCGAAAGCAAGGUAUGACUUUUGCUCCAGUAAUGAAGAGUCCUUUAUCCUGGAUCCUGACAGCAACAUAGGAAACAGAAUUGAGAGCAUCACUCAGCGUACAGCAGUAAUAGAAGGAAAGAAUAAGACGGCUAGCACCUUGGUUGUGGCUGAUGCUAGAAUCUCUGGAAUCUACAGUUGCAUGGCUUCCAAUAAAGUAGGGACUGUGAAAAGAACCAUGUGCUUUUAUAUCACAGAUGUGCCAAAUGGAUUCCAUAUUAACUUGGAAAAAAUGCCUACGGAAGGAGAGGACCUGAAACUGUCUUGCACAGUUAACAAAUUCUUAUACAAAGACAUUGCUUGGAUUCUGCUGCGGACAGUCAAUAACCGAACCAUGCGCCACAGUACUAGGAAGCAAAACAUGGCCGUCAUUAAGGAGUAUUCCCUUAGUCUUGACCUUGUCAUCAAGAAUGUUUCCCUGGAAGCUUCAGGCACCUACGCCUGCAGAGCCAGGAACAUAUACACAGGGGAAGAAAUCCUUCAGAAGAAAGAAGUUAUAAUCAGAGAUCAGGAAGCACCAUACCUCCUGCGCAACCUCAGUGAUUAUACAGUCGCUGUCAGCAGCUCCACCACGCUAGACUGUCAAGCUAGCGGUGUCCCUGAGCCUCAGAUCACCUGGUUCAAAAACAACCACAAAAUCCAACAAGAGCCCGGAAUUAUUUUAGGACCAGGAAGCAGCACACUGUUUAUUGAAAGAGUCACAGAAGAGGAUGAAGGCGUCUAUCACUGCAGAGCCACCAACCAGAAGGGGUCUGUGGAAAGUUCAGCAUACCUCACCGUGCAAGGAACCUCGGACAAGUCUAAUCUGGAGCUUAUCACACUGACAUGUACCUGUGUGGCUGCCACCCUCUUCUGGCUCCUAUUAACUCUCUUCAUCCGAAAACUGAAAAGGUCUUCUUCUGAAAUAAAGACUGACUACCUAUCAAUUAUCAUGGACCCAGAUGAAGUUCCCCUGGAUGAGCAGUGUGAGCGUCUCCCAUACGAUGCCAGCAAGUGGGAGUUUGCCCGGGAGAGACUUAAACUGGGCAAAUCACUUGGAAGAGGGGCUUUUGGAAAAGUGGUUCAAGCAUCUGCAUUUGGCAUUAAGAAAUCGCCCACGUGCCGGACUGUGGCUGUAAAAAUGCUGAAAGAGGGGGCCACGGCCAGCGAGUACAAAGCUCUGAUGACUGAGCUCAAGAUCUUGACCCACAUUGGCCACCAUCUGAAUGUAGUCAACCUGCUGGGAGCUUGUACCAAGCAAGGAGGCCCUCUGAUGGUGAUCGUUGAAUAUUGCAAAUAUGGAAAUCUAUCUAACUACCUCAAGAGCAAACGAGACUUAUUCUUUCUCAACAAGGAUGCAGCAUUGCACAUGGAGCCUAAGAAGGAAAAAAUGGAGCCAGACGUGGAACAAGGCAAGAAACAAAGACUAGAUAGUGUCACCAGCAGCGAGAGCUUCGCAAGCUCUGGGUUUCAGGAAGAUAAAAGUCUGAGUGAUGUGGAGGAAGAGGAGGAUUCUGACAAUUUCUACAAGCAGCCCAUCACUAUGGAAGACCUGAUUUCUUACAGUUUUCAAGUGGCCAGAGGCAUGGAGUUUUUGUCUUCCAGAAAGUGCAUUCAUCGGGACCUGGCAGCACGAAAUAUUCUUUUAUCUGAGAACAAUGUGGUGAAGAUUUGCGACUUUGGCCUCGCCCGGGAUAUUUAUAAGAACCCAGAUUAUGUGAGAAAAGGCGAUACUCGACUUCCUCUGAAAUGGAUGGCUCCUGAAUCUAUAUUUGACAAAAUCUACAGCACCAAGAGCGACGUGUGGUCUUACGGAGUGCUGCUGUGGGAAAUCUUCUCCUUAGGUGGGUCUCCGUACCCAGGAGUGCAAAUGGAUGAGGACUUCUGCGGCCGUCUGAAGGAAGGCGUCAGGAUGAGGGCUCCCGAGUACGCGACUCCUGAAAUCUAUCAGAUCAUGCUGGACUGCUGGCACAAAGACCCCAAAGAGAGGCCGAGAUUUGCAGAACUUGUGGAAAAGCUAGGCGAUCUGCUUCAAGCCAAUGUGCAACAGGAUGGCAAAGACUAUAUUCCACUAAACGCCAUACUGACAGGAAACAGUGGGUUUACAUACUCAGCUCCCGCCUUCUCAGAGGACUUCUUCAAGGAAGAUAUUUCAGCUCCAAGAUUUAAUUCAGGAAGUUCUGAUAAUGUCAGAUAUGUAAAUGCUUUCGAUUUCAUGAGCCUGGAAAGAAUCAAAACCUUUGAAGAACUUUCACGGAAUGCCACCUGCAUGCUUGAUGACCUCCGGGUGAACAGGGAAGUUCUUCCGGCCUUCCCGCUGCUGAAGCGCUUCACCUGGACCGAGAGCAAACCCAAGGCCUCAGUGAAGACCGACUUGCGAGUGACCAGUAAGAGUAAGGAGUCUGGGCUCUGUGACCGCCCCAGGCCUACUUUCUGCCACUCCAGCUGCGGGCACGUCAACAAAAGCAGGCGCAGGUUCACCUACGACAACUCUGAGCUGGAAAAGAAGAUGGCGUGCUGCUGUCCUCCCCCAGACUACAACUCAGUGGUCUUAUAUUCCACCCCACCCGUCUAAGGUUGCACGCACAGCCUUAUUUCUACAACCACAUGUGUAUGUAUGCCCAAAAACUAGCUUUUGCCAGUAUUAGCCACAUAUAAAUGUAUACCUCUAUCUUUCCACAGGAGCCAACUGCUUUUUGUGAUUUUCAAUAGUGCUUUCUCCUCUUGACUAACAAGAACGUAACCCCAGAUAAGCAGAGUAACAGUGACAACUGAAGACCACCCCUGCUGGACCCUCCUGUGACUCAAUGUUAGAGAGCCUUCCAAGCCCAAACAAGUUGCUUGCGCCUUCCCGAGGCCUCAUGGCACAGAGCCUUGGAUGGCUCAGGGGGCACACUGGCCACGCCAGACGGCCCAGAACCAGAGGCCACACACCUUAGGCCGGCCUAAGCAAUGCCUGUGGGUCCUCUUCAGACGUGACAUGUAAGGAGAAGGAAAGAAGGGAGGCAGGCAGAAAACAGGACAGGGCAUGAGAAGGCCGUUGAGCUGGACCACAUGCGAGGGAGAGGGAGAGGGAGAGGGGGCCCUUCAGGCUUCCGAGAGUCCAGCCGGGGGCACACAGGACAGAGGGGUGAAGAUAUUUUCUGGACUCUGGGAGACAAGAAAAGGACAAACACUGUUUGGAACUACAAAGCACAUUUUAAAGCUCUAGCUCCAGGGCGGGUUCUCUGCCCGUUCUCACAUGUGGCACAUUUGUUAUUUCCAGCACUGAGGAUGGUGCUCACAUCUGAGGCCAGGCCGCUGGCCGCUCCACACUGAGAGCUCACCCCGAGCCAACUGGCCCCCUGGCCUGACACUUGGCAUAAGGCUCCUCGUAAGCUAAUCGGAAUGAGUCUUGUCUAUUAGGGUUAUGUUGGGCUUAAAGCCACAUUUUAAACAAAUAACAUCAGACUCUAUUUUGAGUGUUAAUGUAUAGUCAAGACACUUAACUCAGUGUUUUGUGUUAACCUGUUUUGUACAGUUAGUUAUAAAAGGAAGCCGAGGAAAAGUGCAGUCUUGUGGAGGAUUUUCUCUACACCAAAACGAGGACAGAUGGAAUUUAAAAAGAUAAGGCGAGUGAAAAACCCCAUCUUGAUACCAAGCAAACCAAUUCACUGAAACAGUUGGGACCUGAAGGAUAGGACAUCAGUCACGUUUCCUUUUUAUUUAAUGGGUAUUCCACUAUCUCAUGUUUGUCUCCUGGGAAGAUGUGUUAGAGCAUUAACCAAUGUUUAUUAAGCACUUUAUGCUCCUUGAGAAAAAAGGUGAUAUGUAAUUUACGUGAGAUAAUUCUAGAAUUGGGACUCACGGUAUUAAUCAGCCAUCCAUAGGAAAAAAGCCUCUUUUCAUGGGCUUUGGACCUUGUCUUGGGUCUGAGGAUGAUGGAAAGGGGAGACAGGGUACAAAAGGGGGACCGCUGUUCAGGGUCUAAGAACCCCGAGCUCAGCUGGCUGUUUGACACUCGCUCCUUCUGAAGCCAGUCAGAGCUGGACAGGCAGAGGGGGUUGUUGCUUCCAGUAGAGGAGAGUAUGCUUCCCUUUAUGCAUAGAGCUUAACUCUAGAACCUGAAGUAUAAGUAACAGAAGAAAUUUGGCUGCCUUCCCUGUGUCAUUGUCUGGUUUCAAGGUUCUUUGAAGAGAUGGGAGAGUCAGCACCUCCCCAGUGAGACGGUGGGGGCGAGAGGGGGCCUGCAGCCAGCUGAGGAGCCAGUCAGGCCUCUCCACCAAGCACCAGGUCCCAAGAAAAUCAGGCCAGGGCCAGGGGGAAAAGCUUCCUUCUUCUUUACAUGCACAAAAGCACCUGUGACAACUGGCAGUAGUGUAAACCAGGUAACCAGAAGGAGUUACACAUGGAGAAAAAUGAAAGACCUCAAUUAAUUCUCUAGUUUUUUCAAAUUGGAUAGAGACCAAUAAUUAGUGAAAACAGAAAAAGACCUUAGCUCUCUGUGUCAUGUCUUGAUUUCAGUAAU